AUGUCCCCGCAGCAGCCCGCCCCGCAUGCCCCAGGCGUGCCCCUGGCCAGGCUGGCCGACGACAUGAGCACAACCGACGGCACCGGCAUCCUGGCCAAGGGGAAGAAGCUGCUGGGGCUGGGCGGCGGUGGCCAGCACGAAGGCAUUGGGCAGGCCGAGCAGGACGCCUUUGCAAAGGCAGAAGAGGUCGCGCCCACACGCACCCUCUCGCCCAGCACGACAUGGCCGGCGCCCCCGCCCGCGCCUGCGUCUACGUCUGCGCCUACGUCUGCGCCAACGUCUGCGCCGCCGCUCCUCCCCUCUCCCUCUCUGACCGCUGCGCCCUUUGACCGUCGCGCGUCGCCCCGCGGCAGCCCGCGCGUGGCCCCCAUUGGCAUAGGCGCCUCGCCCACGCGCCGCAUCCACCGCUCCCCGUCGCCGGGCCUGCACUCGCCCGCCUCGUCGCAGAUCUUCGAGCGCAACGUGCAGGAGCCCGAGCUCUCGCCCGCCAUCCCCAACCACGUCAAGACCGAGGACAUGAUCCCGCCUGCCCUUGACGCCUCUGCUCUCGCCAUCACCGACGACCACCUCAACCCGGAAAAGGUCGAGAUCGUGACGCACUCGGCACACCAGGCCGCUGCUGCCACCGUCUCCGCCAGCAUGGCCGACUCGGUCUACUCGCCCUCGCUAGCGCCCGACGACUUGGUGACGUCUGCGCACGCCGAGAGCACCGACCCCACGCCCAACUACGGAUCGCUCGACACGGACGACGUCAAGCGCCUGAGCUUCAUCUCCUUUGCCGACGUGGUCCAGGCAGAGCACGUGGAGAACGACAGGGAAUCCUUUGGGCCAACCGACGGUAUACAGUUCAUGAGCUUAAACUCGACGUCUGCCAACCGCUCGCCCUCGCCUGUACGAUCUCCACUGUCGUCACAGGGCCGCACGACUUCCCCACCCACAAGCGGCGCUCCCUCGGAGAAGGGCGUCGAGCACGAGCGCACCCGUUCGCCCAGCAGCCCCUCGACCUCACACGUAGCGCACAACGCUCCGCUGAGCGAGGAGCUGCCACUCCAGGUCGAGACGAUGCGCCAGGCUAUCCGCAAGACGGGCACUUCGGGCGAAACCCCGCCGCACUCGCAGCCCCUCAGCCCUGUGAGCAUCGAGGGCGAGCGCCCGUUUCGAUGA